AUGCAGAUCGUCCUAGAUUCGUUCCUGGCCAGCGCCGUAAUGAGGUCUCCGCGCACGACGGCGUACCUCAUGGCGGCUGUCAAUAUUAGGUUGACCUUCUCCGACUCCGACAAGUUUUCCACCAUUGAUUGGAUCAACUGCCUAUGGCUGCUGUCAAAACUCUGCCGGGAUGCGGCGGGCUCCGAUUGGUGCGCCGUGGGUUCGUGGUCGGUGAGGGGUGGAAAAGCGGCGCCGUCAUGGUUAGGGAGCUCGUCGCUGGAGGUCGAUCAGAAGUCCGACAGGCAACCAAUAGAAAUUCUUAAAGCCAUUAGCAUCUCAUCUCAUCUUGUUCGACUUGUUGCCCAACCAGGAUAUUCUUGUCUAGUGCUUCUCAAGCUUCACGUUCUUGCUGCAUUUUACCUAAGCCAUUCUUCCAUGCUACCAAAGGAUGUGUCGUUCGGGUCCCUUCCGGUUAAUACAACGCCCAAUAUCAUCCCAAAGCUAUAA